GGCGCAAACUACCACCACCACGCCGACCUUGAAGACAUUGACCGCUGGCUCGAAGGUACACAUUCCACCUCUAAAUUUGCCGUUGAUAAAAGCGUUUCUGGUGCAUUUUGAUGCUGUUGCUGACUUGAUGAAUGGUUUUACCAUGAAUUUUUUGCUGGGGACCGUGUCUAGAACGAUCCUGGAAAUGCGCGAUGCAAUUAAUCGGGAGGCUGAGGAGAAUGGCUCGGCGGACAUUGAGCAGAACCCCGAGGGCCAAGAGCUGGAUAUGGCAGCAUUGGAGGAGUCCCAGGCGGCGCUUGCUGACCACGUUGCAUUAGGGGAUCUAAGGAAUAAAAAUGAGAGAAAAAAAGAGGCAGGAGGUGGUAAAACGUUAGGGUAUAAUGAUCUGAAGGAAGAAGAAAACAAGGUGAUGAAGAGCUCAGGUCCAAGGAGUUGA